UGUUGACAAUGACGUCAACGUACGCGCAUGUCAACCCUCUUACUCUGCACGUGAACUCCGUGGAAGAGGAACACGACAGUUGUCAUGACUAAAGCCAAACAAAAACGCGCCAAACGACUGAGCGUCUUCGGGAAAUUUAAGACUAAAGAUGGACGGAAAGGUGACGCCUCAGGGUUGCCCAAGACUACAGACCUGUCAGCUGUCCAGCAUGUCAAGAACGCUAGGAAACCAGAGGACAUCAGGAGACAAAGAGUUCAAGAACUCCAGGAAAAGCAGAAACAGUCCAGAGAGCGUGAGAUGAUGAAGAGAAGAAAUUUGCACAGCUUUCAAAACGACAUCCUACAGCGACAACGAGAGUUUGAGCAGAAGGAGACAGAGAUGCAGAAUUUAGAGAAACAUGUCAACUUUGAAAAUGAGAAUUCCAGAAAAGCGUAUUACAGGGAAUUUAAAAAGGUGGUGGAGGCUUCAGAUGUCAUUCUGGAGGUUUUGGAUGCACGAGACCCUCUGGGCUGCAGAUGUCCUCAGGUGGAGCAGGCAGUCAUCCAAAGUGGAACCAACAAAAAGAUAGUUUUAGUCCUCAAUAAGAUCGAUUUGGUGUCAAAGGAAAUUGUGGAAAAGUGGAUUAGGUAUCUUCGUAAUGAGUUUCCCACUGUAGCUUUCAAAGCAUCGACUCAGCAGCAAACAAAGAACUUGAAACGCAGUAACGUGCCAGUGACACAAGCCACCUCAGAGCUCCUGAGCAGCAGCGCAUGCGUUGGAGCAGACUGCCUCAUGAAGCUGCUCGGCAACUACUGCCGCAACCAGGAUUUAAAGACGGCCAUCACUGUCGGUGUUGUAGGUUUUCCUAAUGUGGGAAAGAGCAGUUUGAUCAACAGUCUGAAACGGGCGCGGGCGUGUAGCGUUGGAGCCACUCCUGGUGUCACAAAGUGUCUUCAAGAAGUCCAUUUGGACAAACACAUAAAGCUCCUAGAUUGUCCUGGCAUCGUCAUGGCAACAUCAACAACUGACGCAGCAAUGAUUCUUCGUAACUGUGUGAAAAUCGAGCAGCUUGUAGAUCCCCUUCCACCUGUUGAAGCCAUCCUUCGACGCUGUAACAAGGCACAGAUUAUGGAACAUUAUGGCGUUCCAGACUUUCAGACAGCUCUGGAGUUCUUGGCAUUGCUUGCUCGACGGCAAGGCAAACUAAGGAAGGGAGGCCUGCCCGACACCGACAAAGCAGCUAAAGGCGUUCUGAUGGACUGGACAGGAGGAAGGAUCACCUACUUCACACACCCUCCAGAGACUCACACCCUCCCCACACACAUCAGUGCGGAGAUUGUUACAGAGAUGGGUAAAGCCUUUGACUGGGAUGAGCUGGAAAAAGGAAAUCAGGAAGUUCUUGCAGAGUCCUCUUGUCCCGACAUCCAAAUGGGUUUGUGCAUGGAAACCACUGGAAUGACACAGGGUGGUCUGGAUGAGUUUGAUUGUGACACAGAGACAGAGGGAGGGUCAGUGGAUGAGAAAUCAUUCAAAGAAACUGAGCCUAUGGAAGAUGAUCAGGAUGCAGAGUUUGGACCAAUGACAGUGGAAAUAAAAUCUCAGAAGAAGACUGACUCUUCUGCAAAUAAUGCCACUCCCAAAGCUCCAGAUUUAAAGGAUAUUUUGAAUGUAGAUCCUUUACAGCAGGGCCAGGCGCUCAUGGCUGCCAGCAAGAAGAGGAAAAAACAACUGAAAAGAGCUGACAAAAUUGCCACCAAACUCUCAGACACGCUGACAUCUGCAAUGGACUUCUAAUUUUCUGAUGUCUGACUGAAAUAAGAUGAACAAAAAUAAAAUAAAGAGUCAAAAGUAA